AUGUCCAAAAACGAAACUGUCCUCGGUGCUUUGCCGCUAGCUGUGGCAUUAGUGAAUCGAGAACCAAGUUUGCUUCCCGGCCUAAAAUUGAGAUUCGUGACAGCAGACAUUGGAAGACCGAGGCCACUGUUUCCUCUGGACAAGGACAGCCUUUCUUUAAGGGUGAUGACGCAAAUGCGAGAUUUCGGCGUAGUGGCCUUUUUUGGACCAGAUGCCACUUGCUAUACGGAGGCGAAACUGGCCUCGGCGUGGAACCUACCCCUUAUAUCACACAAAUGCGCCGAAGCUCAAGACUCGGGUGGUCUCGGAGCGACGUUUGCCAGGACGCUGCCACCAGCGCACAAGGUCAGCAAAUCUGUCGUGGCGCUGAUGAAAGCUUUCGGUUGGACUAAGUUCGCCAUUGUAGCUGGAGACGAGCAGACGGCCGCUGGGCAGCAGAUGGAGGCUAUUAAGGAGUUGUCCCAGAGCAACGGGUUGACAAUAACAGCUGAGCAUCGUUUCGCAGACUACAUUCCUCGUCACAUUUCUCACAUGGAGAGAAUUGUCGACCAGACUUAUAAGAAGACGAGAGUCUACGUCUUCUUGGGCGAGAAUAUAGCGCUGGUGGACUUUGUCAAGGUUCUGCUGCGCCGCGGUCUGCUGGCCAACGGAGAGUAUGCUGUGGUAGCUGUUGAUGAUGAAAUCUACGACCCCAGUGCAGCUGCCAUCACACUAGCUGAUCACCUGUUUCAAAACAGCAGUAGUGAUGCGCUGGCGUUUAGGGCUGUACUCAAGUUGACACCCUCUUACCCCACCAACCCGCACUAUCAGGCCCUUUGCCAAAUGAUACGGAAACUCUCGGCCGCGCCGCCCUUCUGCGUGCCCAAUUAUCACAAACUCUUCGAAGAUACUUCGGUGCCGAUAGAAGCUGCUCAUUUAUAUGAUGCUGUUUUGCUGUGGGCUCGUGCUGCUACGGCUGCUAUGCGUGCUGGGGUGCCACCGACAGAUGGCGCUACAAUUAUGAAGUUGCUAAGACCAACUGUCUAUAGAUCGCUUCAAGGAUUUGACGUGAACAUGGACAGUGCCGGUGAUGCUGAGGGAAAUUUCUCUGUGAUCGGUCUUGUCGAGGACAAUGGCGCCCCUGGCGGAUGGAGCGCGCAACCUGUGGCUGCUUUUCGUUACGUCAAUGCUUCCGAUUUAUUGCCGGAAUUAGUUGGUGGCCACAAAAUAUCCUGGAUUGGUGGGAAGCCGCCAGUAGCGGAACCAGCGUGUGGUUUCGACGGCAGCAAAUGCUCUAUACCCCACGAUCCGGGAGUCAUAGCAGCCGCUGCAGCUGUUGCGGCUGCUGCAUUUCUCGCAUUGACGCUGCUGGUGCGCCACUAUACUUACGAACAGAAACUCGCGUCCGUUCUGUGGAGGAUCGAGGCGAAGGACUUGAUUUUUAUAACUAGCUGUACUGAUAAGGAUGCUGUAUCACAAGAGGUGGAGGGCAGACGAGCUCACACAACCAUAGCGUCCUACCGCGGCAGCUUCGUAGCAAUCAAACGCUUGAGAAAGAAGAAUAUAGACGUCACGCGAGUUAUUAAGAAAGAAUUAAAACAGAUGCGCGAACUUCGUCAUGAGAACUUGACUCCAUUUGUUGGCGUCUGCGUUGAAUCGGGCAGCGCCUGCAUCGUCACAGCUUACUGCUCAAGAGGCUCCUUGGCUACUGUCCUGGCUGAUAGAGAUCUCCACUUGGAUGACAUGUUCGUGGCCAGUCUGGUAGCCGAUCUGCUCAGGGGUCUGACGUACUUACACGACUCGGCUCUCGGUUCCCACGGCAACUUGACAUCGAGCAAUUGCCUCGUUGAUAGACGCUGGGUGCUUCAGAUUUCGGAUUAUGGAUUACACACGCUUAAAAGCGGAUGUGCAGACACAGAAGAUGCUUUACGAGUGGAGAGAAGAAUGUUGUGGCGAGCUCCAGAACUACUUCGAGAGCCGAACCCACCACCACGAGGCACCCAGAAGGGUGAUGUGUACUCCUUCGGGAUUAUCUUGUACGAGAUCUUGGGUAGAAGUGGGCCUUGGGGAGACACUAACUUGACAAAUGCAGAAAUAAUUGGUCGUGUCAGACAUCCCAUCGGAGGGGUGCUCUAUCGUCCACCGCUCAGUGGACUGACUGCUAGGCCAUCUGUCAUAUCUGUGCUGAAGUCGUGCUGGAGUGAGAGACCAGAGAGAAGACCGGAUGUGCGUCUUGUCAAGCUCCGGUUGAAGGACAUGCACGCUGGCAUGAAGACGAACAUAUUCGACAAUAUGCUCUCAAUGAUGGAAAAGUACGCGUCCAACUUAGAAGCAUUAGUGGCUGACAGAACCGAACAACUUCUGUUAGAGAAGAAGAGGACUGACGAUCUCCUUAAUAGGAUGCUACCACGCGCUGUAGCAGAAGCUCUGAAGCGAGGUGAACCAGUGCAAGCUGAAAGUUACGAAUGCGUUACAAUUUACUUCAGUGAUAUCGUAGGCUUCACCAGACUUGCUGCUACUAAUACGCCUAUUCAGGUUGUGGAGAUACUCAACGAGCUAUACACGUGUUGUGACUCUGUUAUAUCAUAUUACAACGUGUAUAAGGUGGAAACCAUUGGCGACGCUUACAUGGUGGUUGGAGGUCUCCCAGACCACUGUUCUCGACACGCGGCUGAAGUAGCCUCUCUCGCUCUUCACAUGUUGGAAGCUAUACCCAGCAUAAAAAUCAACAGCCUACCCACAGCUAAAUUACGCAUAAGAAUAGGAAUCCAUAGUGGACAAUGCGCCGCCGGCGUGGUAGGCACCAAAAUGCCUAGGUACUGCCUCUUCGGCGACACGGUCAAUACUGCAGCGCGCCUCGAAUCUACGGGGGAGCCUCAGAGGAUACACGUCAGCAACUCUACAUAUCAGCUGCUGAAGCAGCACGGCGGUUAUCGUUUGAAGGAGAGAGGAAUCGUCAAUAUAAAGGGAAAGGGAGAAUUGAAGACAUGGUGGCUGGAAGGAGAAGACCACGACAGGAGGGAUAAGCCAUUCUAUAAAUAUAAACCUGGUGCGCAACAACCCCCGUCUACAGACAUAUACGAGGAUAGUCUGUGGAAUACGCGUCGUUCGACUGUGAACAUACGCGACAGAGCGCGUCUGUCCUGCGGGGGCUCAUUAGGCCCCGGAUCAGCUCUCUCCUCCCCCGGACGCCCCGCGUGCUCCUGCUUCGUCCCCCAGAAGGACCACCACUCGGCCCCGGCCGUGUCAUUCUGUGAUGACUGA